AUGGAGAGUGAGCAAAAGAGACAGUGGCUUGAGGCUAUGCAGGAUGAGAUGAACUCCUUAUAUGCAAAUGAUACCUUUGAGUUGGUGAGGGCACCAAAGAGCAAGAAAGCUUUGAAGAACAGGUGGGUCUACAAAUUGAAACAUGAAGAAGGCACUUCAGUUCCACGGUUCAAAGCUAGACUGGUGGUGAAGGGUUUUAGCCAGAAGAAAGUGUUCUUAAAAAAUAUUACUCAAGUUUAUGGAUUUUACGAUGAAUGCUUAAGGAAAUAUGGUAAUGCCAAUGUCUGGAAGACUUUCACAGAUCUGUUCGACUAUUUUCCACUUACAGCAUUGGUGGAGUCUGAAAUAUUUUGUCUCCAUGGUGGUUUGUCUCCAUCUAUUGAAACUCUUGAUAAUAUCCGUAAUUUUGAUCGUGUACAAGAAGUUCCACAUGAAGGGCCAAUGUGUGAUCUUCUAUGGUCUGAUCCUGACGAUCGUUGCGGUUGGGGUAUAUCACCUAGGGGUGCAGGAUAUACAUUUGGCCAAGACAUAUCAGAGCAAUUUAACCAUACUAACAGCUUGAAGCUUAUUGCUAGAGCAUACCAGCUGGUUAUGGAUGGAUAUAAUUGGGCUCAUGACCAGAAGGUUGUUACCAUAUUCAGUGCUCCUAACUAUUGUUACCGAUGUGGAAAUAUGGCAUCCAUACUGGAAGUUGAUGACGGCAACAAAGGACACACUUUUAUUCAGUUUGAGCCAGCUCCGAGGAGAGGUGAGCCAGACGUAACCCGAAGAACACCAGAUUACUUUCUAUGAACUACAAGGUGACGUUGCACAUCAGAUGAGUCUCCUACGAAU